ACGGGUAUACGGACCGCACGCAUGUGCGUGCAUCGGAUGGAUUUCCAUGGUCGAUCGCACAUGCGUGCGCCCCUAUAUAAGAAGGUUUCCUCCCGCCGCGAUGGCAGAAAACCAGAGAACAGAACCAGACACCGAGUAUUAGAGCUACACUCGAAGAAUCACUACGGAGACAUCACAGCAAGGAGCAUCAACGGACAUCAACGGAUUCUCAACAUAGUGACGGCUAUCGUUCAAUUUGUUUAUUUUAACCAAACAGCAACCUGGAAUAUCACCAUUUUCAAAAUGGCGACUGCCGUUCUCGUUCCCGGUGAUUACGCAGCCAUUGUGUGUUAUUUCAUGGUUGUUUUCGGAGCAGGCCUUUACGCGCUUUUUACAUCGAACCGAGGAACAGUAAAUGGGUAUUUCUUGGCAGGAAGAUACAUGACAUGGCUUCCAGUCGGUGCAUCGAUUUGGGCCAGUAAUAUUGGGAGUGAACAUUUCGUUGGACUUGCUGGUGAUGCCGCUGUGACGGGCAUCUCCCCCGCUGCAUUUGACCUCAAUGGCUUGUCUCUGUUACCCCUUAUGGCGUACCUGUUCGUUCCUGUUUACAUCGCAUCAGGGGUAUGUACCCUACCGGAAUACAUGAUGAAAAGAUUUGGAAGCAAUCGCAUCCGUAUCUACCUUGCCUGCAUGUCCAUCUUCCUCUACAUUGUAUCUAGAAUUUCGGUGGAUUUGUAUUCGGGAGCCUUGUUCAUCACUCAGGCGUUAGGAUGGAACCAGUAUGCAGCCAUUGGCAUACUUCUUAUCUUCGUGGCCAUUUUCACCGUUACAGGUGGAUUGGCAGCUGUCAUUUACACCGACACCGUACAAGUGUUCAUCAUUAUCAUCGGUGGCAUCAUACUGAUGGUAUUAAGUUACGGUGAGAUCGGUAGCUUCCAGGAGCUGAAGAUCAGAUACUUUCAGGCCAUCCCAAAUGCCACUCUUAACACACCAAACUACACCUGCGGUAUACCAAAGGAGGAUUCCUUCCAGAUGCUUCGAGACAUCGAUCCGUUCACCUCCAGUUUUCCUUGGUUAGGGUUCUUGAUUGGGCAGACUCUAUCCUCUCUGACUUACUGGUGCGCCGAACAGGUGAUGGUCCAGCGUGCCUUAGCAGCAAAGAGUCUCUCCCACGCCCAGGGUGGGUGCCUGUUCGCUGGGUUCUGUAAGAUAUUACCCCUCUUCAUGACUGUUAUACCAGGAAUGAUUGCCAGGGUCCUCUACACAGAUACCGUAGCAUGUGCUUCACCGGAAACGUGUAUGGAAGCUUGCGGGAACCCAAAGGGUUGUAGUAACACUGCCUACCCAACUCUCGUCCUAGGGAUCAUGCCAGCAGGUCUUCGAGGAGUUAUGUUUGCCGUAAUGCUAUCUGCCAUUGUCAGCAGUAUGACGUCACUGCUUAAUAGCAUCAGUACCCUUUUCACUGUUGAUAUCUGGCAGUUCGUCCGAGAGAAAUACUACCAUACAAAGCCCAGCAACAGAGAGAUGAUGAUUGUUGGAAGGGUGAUCGUUCUCGUGAUGACCGCGCUGAGUGUUCUCUGGAUCCCGGUCAUUGACCUUCUUCAAGGAGACAACCUUCUCAAGUACUUUACCCGCAUCCAAGGUCGCGUCACACCUACCGUGGCAGCCGUCUAUAUCCUCGCCGUCCUCUGGCCAAGAGCCAAUGAAAAGGGCACUUUUUGGGGUUUGAUAAUUGGAGCUUCAGUCGGUCUCAUCCGGUUAAUCCUCGACUUUAUCUAUCCGGAUCCGUCUUGUUGGGACGAAGAUACCCGACCCAUGGUGGUCAAGCUUCACUAUUUCUACUUCAACAUGAUCCUCUUCAUCAUCGUCUUCGCCUCCGUCAUCAUCAUCAGUCUCAUGACCGAACCUCUGCCCAAGUAUCGGGUGAUCCGAACGACGUUCUUCACUCGAUACCUAAAGCUUGAGCGACCAGAUGAGAAGCAGCUUCAUAGCGAUAUAAAUGAAGAGAAAGACUAUCAGAUGUUGAGCCAAGACGUCAUAGAGGUUAAAAAUGGACAUGCCGUCAUUGAGGAUGAGGAGCGUCCAAAGCCGCCACUCCAGCAGCGAGUCUUGGCGUGGUUCUGUGGCUACGGUGAGGAAACAGAAGAAGGUCGAAGGUUGGCUCGAGAACAGGGGCUGCACAACCGCAAGCUCGGGUCUCUGGAGCAGGACCCAAGAGCCAAGAAAUUCCUGUACUUCUGCAUGAUCCUACUCAUCGCUAUCGUCAUUUUCAUGUACACCUUCUUCUCUGUCGAGUGGAUAUGAAAUUGAAAUUCAAAAGGUUGACGUCAAACGUUUACCUCCUCGUGCCUGGCCUUCCUCUCAACUUCCCAUUCCUUUCCUUCUCUGUCUGUAUCUUAUUCUUUCUGUCCAUUCCCCUCUACCUAUUGUCAUUACCUACGCUUUUCCUUCUUCAGUCUGCCGCCCCUUUUUUUCUCCUGUUCUUCUUACUUCAUGAAAUGAAUGACAUGAAAUUAAACUUUUAUAAUGUUAAUUGUUAUUUUCGAGGAUUUGUUCGGUGUAAUUUUUGCAGGGUUGAUGCACUAUAUAAUUCUGUUCGUCUUGUUUCGGCAUAAUCAUUGGUGAUUGGUACUAUUUAAUUUCCAUCAUAAUUUGAAUAUUUUUGGCUCUUGGGCUGCAUGUUCGAUUUUUGUUAUCAUAAUAAAACGAUUCAAUCAAUCAA